AUAGACUGCGUUAGUGCGCACGCGCGGUUACGUCUACAAUUUCCUCUUCCCUAGAACUGGUUGUACUGGAGUCCAGUUAUACUAGUUUCUUUGUCACGGACUGUUUUUGUUCUUAAAGAGGAUUUCGAGUGUUUUUAUGAGUAAUCAAAGGCAGCAGAAGCCUACGCUAACAGGCCAGCGUUUCAAAACUCGGAAAAGAGAUGAAAAGGAGAGGUUUGACCCUUCCCAGUUUCAGGAAAGCAUCGUACAGGGUCUGAACCAAACUGGCACUGAUUUGGAAGCUGUCGCAAAGUUCCUUGAUGCCUCUGGUGCAAAGCUUGACUACCGACGCUAUGCCGAGACUUUGUUCGACAUCCUGGUGGCUGGUGGAAUGCUGGCCCCCGGGGGUACGCUGUCAGAUGACAUGACCUGUACAGAGUUCUGUCUCUUCAAAGCACAAGAGGACAUGGAGACCAUGCAGGCAUAUGCACAGGUCUUUAACAAGCUCAUUAGGCGUUACAAAUACUUGGAGAAGGGAUUUGAAGAGGAGAUCAAAAAGCUGCUGCUGUUUCUCAAGGGCUUCACAGAGUCUGAGCGCAACAAGCUGGCCAUGCUAACAGGGAUUCUGCUGGCCAACGGGAACAUCUCUGCAUCCAUUCUCAGCAGCCUCUUCAAUGAGAAUUUGGUCAAAGAAGGUGUUUCGCCUUGCUUUGCUGUAAAACUCUUCAAAUCCUGGCUUUCUGAAAAGGACAUCAACUCGGUUGCUGCCAGUCUUCGAAAGGUUGGCAUGGACAACAGGCUUAUGGAACUUUUCCCAGCCAACAAGCGGAGUUGCGAGCACUUCUCAAAGUACUUCACAGACGCCGGGCUCAAGGAGAUUUCCGACUUUGCCAGGAACCAGCAGUCCAUAGGUGCCCGCAAAGAGCUGCAGAAAGAGCUUGAGGAUCUGAUGUCACGUGGAGAGCCCCUCAAAGACAUCAUUGCUUACGUCCGAGAGGAAAUCAAGAAGAACAACAUCUCUGAGCAGACGAUGAUCGGACUAAUUUGGUCCAGCGUGAUGAGCUCGGUGGAGUGGAACAAGAAGGAGGAGCUCGUGACGGAACAAGCCAUCAAACACUUAAAGCAAUACAGCCCGCUGCUGAAGGCUUUUACCUCCCAGGGCCUCUCAGAGCUCACGCUGCUGCUGAAGAUCCAGGAGUACUGUUAUGACAACAUCCACUUCAUGAAGGCCUUUCAGAAGAUUGUCGUACUGCUCUACAAGGCCGAUGUCUUGAGCGAGGAGGCAAUUCUGAAGUGGUACAAUGAAGCCCACCAAGCUAAAGGAAAAAGCGUUUUCCUUGAGCAGAUGAAAAAGUUUGUCGAAUGGCUCAAGAACGCAGAGGAAGAGUCCGAGUCGGAGGAGGAGGAUGCAGACUGAAGACCUCUGCCUAGAAAACCAUCGAAAUUUGUAUUUUUAAUCAGAUGCAGUACAAGAAUUUAUAACAGACGCCUGUUCUCUAGUUCUUUUCUUUUUCUAUUCUCUACCUCUUCAUAUCUAGUUCGACUGUAAUGUAAGGGCUUUAAUGGGGUUGUUUUUUUUUUUGAUGCUCGUAUUCUUCAAACUCCUUCAGGAGCCAAUCAGAGUGCCACAUUUAGCUGAUAGACUGAAACCUCUGUCAUGUGACAAAGCUGAGCGUUUUGGUUUUUUUAAACAUGAUACCCUUUAAAAUUCGACCAUGUGAAGGCGUGUUUCAGUCUUUGUGUUUGAUCGCUCUUAUUCGGUCCUCUGGAGUGAAAACUGUUGAUUUGCGUCUCAGAUAUGUGACAACUUUGGAUUUGUUGCCAAUUUUUAAGAUUCUUUAUCCAUUAUUGUUAAUGGAGCCGUGUCAUUAUAAACAGCAAAUGAACUUUGAUUUUUCCAUACAUCAUGUGUAACAACCACGCUGGCUUUGUAGGGUUUUUCCCCUUUAUCACACAUUUUCAAAUAAAUGGUUUUCAUAACUGCCAUGUGGAGUUAAAGGUGAAUUAAAGGAGCAAUUAGAAGAUGUGUAUGUACACAGAUAAACGUGGAAAAGUAGAAACUGAGCUGUUGUGUUUGAGAUCGCACUACAGUUUUUACUGUUUGAUCUCGGCUGGCCUUAUCUAAUCAUGCAAUCAAGAACGGCUGCCUGCCAUGCGUGACCCGAGCUGCAAACAAAGAUCUCACUUCACUCCUGUCCCACUUUAAAUGGUAAUUAUGGUUCAGUCAAGCAUGUAGGAACGAAAGUGAGAUGGUGAUUCAAGAUAUUAUGAAAAUGGAGGUCCACAUUCAUUAUAAGAGUCAUCUCACAAAGUCUAGAAAGCAGACCGCUUAUUGUAAUGUUAGCACAAGACGAGGAGAGGUCAGGAUGUGUUUGUGUCCAGCUCUUUGUGUUUGAUCUUUAUUUAUUUUAGCUCUAUAAAUGUGGAUUUGUUGGAAGCAGAGCGAUUGUGUCAUCACAUCACAAACGAGCACUCUGGCUCUCACAGCUGAGUUACAAUAAAGCUGCAUAGGAUGAACUA